UCUGCGAGCUGAAGUAGCAGCACUACAAAAAAGUCGUCGAACAGUGCCAAGUUGAAAGUUAUUUUUGAUGUUCGUAUAAACAAACUGUGUGUAAUAGUGAAUUAUUUGCGUGAUAAAUUUGCUUACCAAAAUGGAAGACUCUAAAACUGAAAUCAAAACUAAAUUUUCCUUCAGUGUCGAAUCGUUAUUAUCAAACAAAUCGUCGAGACAUGAAAUAGUCAAAUAUGAAGAUAAAUACGAUGAAGACAUCGACGAUUCUAGAUUGGACACUUCUAGUGAACGGUUAGAUGAUGAAGAUGACGAGAAUAUUACAGUCGAUGACGAUGAUACCGAUGGUAGGGAAAGUUUGAGUCCUAAUUCGUCGCAUACUGUGAUUAUUCCACAACCUUUACAUCCUUCAAUACCGAGAAUGUUACCCGGACAUCCUCAAUGGCCGUUUCAGUGGAUUGGACCCAAUGGAUUUAGAUCAUCUUCACCUCAAACGAAUCUACAGAACCUUACUACAAAUGGUGGACCCCCAAUUGUGAGGUGUGCCCUUAGAAAACACAAACCAAAUAGAAAACCUCGUACACCAUUUACGACACAACAGUUGUUAGCGUUAGAAAAGAAAUUUAGGGAUAAGCAGUACCUUAGUAUAGCAGAAAGGGCUGAGUUUUCCAGUUCUUUAAGGCUAACAGAAACACAGGUAAAAAUAUGGUUCCAAAACCGCAGAGCCAAAGCGAAACGUCUCCAGGAAGCCGAACUAGAAAAACUCCGCCUCUCCGCUCGUCCGCUCCUUCCCCCCAGUUUCGGCCUUUUUCCGGGUGGCGGUCAUCUGAUGUCACCCUUUUUGGCCGCCAUGGCUCACAGGCCGCCCAGCUUUACUUUUUCGGCGCCUAUGUUAAAUAUACCACAAUGACCAACAUGUGAAUUUGUUAAAAUUUAAAAUGACCCUGUGACCUGUGAGGUGUUAAAAAUUGAUGAUCUCAGAAGAGGAAUUGUAUAAUCGUCUGAUAUCGACCGGGGGUUAGAGUAGUGUUUUUUACUCCCAAAGAGAUAAUUGUUUUGGUUAUUUUUUAAUAGUGAUAUCUUGCCCCGUUCAUUCAUUAAGAGUGCGCCAGGAGAAAAGUAAAUGUGAUUUUAUGGUUUCGUGCCAAUUUCAGAAUAACAAAAUUAUAAUAUCGCUGUCCCAGUUUAAAACUGUAACAUCUCAAAAAUUUUAGGGUUUGAGAUAAGAAUGUAUUCUUAACAAGAAGGGCAGGGUCUAUUACAAUAAUUCAACAUUAAAAUAUCUCAAAAUAUUUAUUUUUCUAUUUAUUUUAAUAAUAAAUUACAAAUUAGUAAACAAAAUUCUUUAAAGUAAUUUAUCUCAAAAUGGCUGAUUUAGAGAUGUUAGAUAUUUGAACUGGGACAGCGAUAUAUAUCGUAAUACCUAAUCGGGUACAGCUGUUAAUAAGAGAGGAUAUACAGAAAAUGGAAGAUUAUUGAGAAUUAAAUAAAAAAAUCUAUUGCAGAAACCAACGACAUUCAUGUAAAUAGUACCUUCCU